UUUUUACAUAGCAUUUACAUUGCAUCCAUUUAUACAGCUGGAUACAGGUUUACAAGCCCAGUUCCUUACCCAUUGUACUACACUGCCACUACAAUUAGCCUAACCUGCAUGUCUUUGGACUGGGGGAGGAAACCGGAAUACCUGGAGGAAACUCACACGGGGAGAACAAGCAAACUCCACACAGAAAGGCCCAGGCUGGGAUACGAUACCCAGGACCUUCUUGCUGUGAGGUGACAGUGGUACCCACUGCACCACUGUGCCACCCUGGAGGACAUCUCCUUUUACAAUGUUAUUUAAGUUAAAUCUAGAAUCUAAGACUUUGUUUCCCAUUUUAUUUAAGCCAUCAUAUUCCAUUGUCUUAUGUAAUAAGAACAAUUAUGAUGAUUAAAUUUACUUUGAAACUGGAAAAAAAUAGGAAUGAUUUUAAGAAUAUUGAAGCUUGGAGAUACUUUCACAAUUAAUAUUGAAUGUUCUGUUUUAAAGACUAAUAAUCUUUAAUUGUUAUUUAAUUAAUAUUGAAUGUCCUGUUUUAAAGAUUAAUAAUUUUUAAUUAUUUAUUUUUUGAUUUAAUACUUGACUAUUCAGCAAGCCCAGCCACUGUAGCUUAACUGCUUCUACGUUUAAUAAGGAGUGCUUUUUGUCUCCUAGUGACCGAUUGUUAUGGAUGAAUUUUUGUAUUUUUUCAUUGUAUUUUCUUGCACUUGUCACUGAAACCACUGAGUAUAUGGCUACUGCAGCCUGAUUUUCUAUAGUCUUGUUUUCUGAGAGUUCUUAAAUUUUUAUUUCUAUUUUGUUCUGUGUUGCCAGGCGUUAUAUAAGCAAGUGCCAAAAGCUGCUGACCACAGUAAUUUUCUUGCCUCCCAUUGUAAUAUAGUGCUUAUACCGUUAUAUGGUUUGUUAUCUGUAUAUGUAUUCCUGGUAUACUCAACACUACUUCUGUAUGUAAUGGCUAAGAAAAGAAUAUUUACUAAAACUGCAUGGAUGUGUGGAUGUUUUCCCAAAAUAUAGUGUUAAAUAUAGUCAUGGGAUAUGUUAAUACAUGCCCUUAAUGUAGGAUCUUUGAAGGUUUUUCUCCGUAAGAAAUUACCUAUUUACUGUUCCCCACACAACAUAGCCGAUUAGGGGUUAUUUAUCACAGUGAUCAUCAGUAUUGUACUUUUCAAAUUCUCAUGACAAUUGAGUAAUUAGUUGGAGGGAAGGAGAACGUGUUGAUGCAGACCCUCCCUUCCAUUCCAAUGGACAGUGGGCAGUUAAACAGUAGUACAGCCUGGAUGCUGGUUUAAACAAAAUUCAAAACGUUGCGCUACUGACAAAAGAUGUAAGAUGUGGCGAGAGAGGGAAAUCUGUGCAAGUAAAAGAUUUGCAAGCCCAAAGCAUUAAUGACAUGAAGUAUCUUUCCAUUAAAUAAUACUGUAUAUAUGACUUGAAUGUAAGUGUUGAUGGGCAUGAUCAAGUGUUCUAAUUAUCAUAAACAGAGAGGACACGUCUUAACGAGUUCACAGCCUCUACUGAAAAUAUUAAAUAUAAUGAGCUGUCUACAGCAUGGUGUUUUUUGAAAAAUGAUAACAUUGGUCUUUGCAAAAACAUGGUCUAUUUCAGGUUGCAAAUACAGUUUUAAAGGUUCAACUGUCAAACAUAUUUAGUUACCUUUUUAUUGGUGUGAAUUUGUCUGGUCAAAAUUAUGUUUGUGAUAUUAUUUGUGUUUUGUGCUGCAGGCUAUAGGCCCCUACCAACAAUAUGGGCCAUACAGCCUAAGCUUUGUGGUUCACACACCACAUAAAAUUGGCUAUUUGUCUGCUAAUGAUGGAUUUCUCAUCAAUUGUUUUGUGUUGUCUAUCACAGAAGAGCACUUCUUGAAAUAUAUUCUCAGUAUACUGUGCUGUGCUAUUUGGGAUGCUGAUACUGCAGGCACCAUAGCUGGCAUUCCUAUGGUCGCACGGUUCCUCUGUUGCUGUGGUAACAGUUCCCAUAGAGGUUCUCCGAAUUCAACGGAGUGGAACUUCUUGAUUAGAGUUUAGGGACCAGCGUGAAAUUAUUUUGGAGUGGUCUAUCAUUUCCCUCGAAGAAGAAAAAUAUGACCGCAAAUAGAUAGCCUAAUUUCUCGUUUAAAUUCAGGUCUCAUUUAAAUCAGCUGUUUUUAUCUUUUUCCCGGUGGGACUCUGAUAGUAGUCCAAAGCAUGAUCAUUUACGCUAUGUUGAGCUGAAAUAGGCUACUGUAAAUGAUCACAGCUAAAUGUGGUAGUGUGCCAACUCGUGGGAGUCUUUGUUGUUGGUAGUAGUGGUUAUUUCUCAUAUGAAAAGAUGGGUAGAUACGGGAUUAUUAUAUUUUACGAAAUAUAGGAGCUAUAGGCUGCUAUUACUGGGCGUGGAGACUGAUUGGUAAACAACAGUCUAGAGUGACUGCAAUGAUUGUAAAGUGUAAUUAUAGCUGUUUUCCAGUUUCGCAUUUGUAAUGUAGGCUAUUUUAUUUUAAAGUGAACGAAAACCUGUAUCAAUAUCCUAAUAGGCUAGUAGGAUAUAUAGAAUGCAUAGCACAUAACGGGAGGCGCCAAAACCUCCGGAAAUUGCAUGCUUAGGAACCAGCUCCCAAAUCCACCUGCUGAUGCUGAGACCUGGAGAGACCCAGAUUAGCAAACGAGGGGACUGUGGCGCGGGCUCAAACAAGUUUGUUGUUUGACCCGUUAGAAAGGAUCUAUACGUUUUUUUAACGUGGAAUGAUGGAUUUGCAUGCAUUUUUGUAUCUUUUAUUGGGAAUUAUACUUCCUGGCAUGGCGUACGGACUGCAGAUCACCUCGACUGGACCCAGGUCGAUAUUGAAAGCCAGCGGGGACAGCGUAACUCUGGACUGUGACUUCACGCUGGCCCCUGAAGACUCUGGGCACCUGGACAUUGAGUGGACCCUAAUGGCCUCAGACAGCCAGAAUUUAGACAAAGUUAUACUCCUGUACUCAGGCGGCAGGGUUUACGAAGACUACUACCCCGCCACGAAGGGGCGGAUGCACUUCAGCUCCGCCCUCCCGAAAGACGGAGACGCCUCGGUCAACCUGACCCGGCUGGAGGUUUCUGACACGGGGACGUAUCAGUGCAAGGUGAAGAAGGCCCCCGGCAUCGGCAGCAGGAAGAUCUUCCUCUCUGUGAUGGUCAGGCCGUCCAAACCUCACUGUUUUAAGGAGGGCCUGUCCCGGGAAGGGGAGGACCUGGUCCUGAGGUGUGCGUCGUCCGAGGGCACCCACCCCCUGCAGUACACCUGGGAGAAGACCAGCGACGGCACACUGCCACCCACCAGCACCGUGCUAGAUCCCGUCAGCGGCGUCAUGACCAUAAAGAACGUGUCCGCCGGCGCUUCCGGAACGUACCGCUGUACGGCCAAGAACCGCGUCGGCGCGGACGAGUGCGUCCUCCACCUGCGCAUCACGCCCUCCCGGAACAUGGCCGGCGUCAUCGCCGGCGCGGUCAUCGGGGUCCUGCUGUCACUCAUCCUCACCGCCAUCGUCCUCUUCUGCUGCUGCCGUGCCCGCAACAGGAAGUACGAGAAGGAAACCGCGUACGAGAUCAGGGAGGACGUUCCUCCUCCGAGGAGCCGGGUGUCGGUGGCGCGGAGCGUGACCAGCGCGGGCAGCCAUCGCUCCUCCCUGGGCUCGCUGUCCCCCUCCAACCUGCACGAGUACGCCCCCAAGCCCCAGUACGACAAGGUCUCCACCGAGGAGCGCGAGCGGCCGCCCGGUCACGCCCCUGCGGCCGGGGCGACGGGGCCGAACCCCAGCCUCGCGGAGGCGGUCCCCGUCGCGACCCCCGCCCAGAGAAGGGACGGCUCCAUCGUUUAAUUGGGGAAAACGGGACUGCGCUGUACGCGUCAACCUGCGUCCAGCCAACCAGGUCGUGCUUCGGUUAGACUGAACGCUGCGCCGCAGCGUCAAAAUGGUACUGAAGACACAUCCUCUGUCUGACAACACAGUAGUAGAAUUCAUGACUGAAUGGCGAAUGCCAUCUUCUUGUACGUAGGGCACCUGUAUUUUAAAGUAUAGUGACAUAAAGCAUGACUGAUUUUUUAUUGGUCUGUAGAGAUCUUUUCAGAACUGUGAAUACUGUUGUUUUAAUUGCCUGUAUGAUGAAUUCCUGUUGGUAUGGGCACCAGACUGGUCUACGCACAAUGCCAAUGAAAACAAGAGCCUCCUCAUAUCCAUUCUCUUAAACUUUUUUUAAGAUUAUCUUCCUGAUCCGUAGGUGCUUUUUAACAUUAGCUUCAAUGUUUUCAA